AUAAAAAAAAAAAAUUUUUGUUUCUUUUACUUUCAUUUACUUUACUUUCUUUUUCUUCCCUUGCCUCCAUCCAAACAUAUGAUAAGGAUUAUAGGACAAAAGAGCCAAAUAGUGCAGAUAAGCAGAUCAAGCUCAAUUACUGCCAUGGCUACUAACCAUCAGCCUCUGCUAGACAGACCAAAAACCUCUUCCAGUAGGAUUCUCCCCCUAAUUUUCACUUUGGUUGCUAUAAUAUGCUCAACUGCUUUGGUUACUAUUCGUUUUGUUAAAUUUAGCUCCUUCGGUACUGCCCUCCCACAUCAAUUUUGUGAGAGAGCUGUUGACCAAAAAUCAUGUUCAGCCUUGAUCUCAGAAGUAGCCUCAAACAAAACCAUGAAAAUGAAGGAUGUUGAUCUACUACAAACCUUCUUAGAGCAAUCCAGAGCUCGUAUGCAAAAUGCCAUCAACCUGGCCAAAGACUUCAAGCAUCGGAUCAACAAUCCUGGAGAGCAAGCAGCUUUGGAUGAUUGCCUGGAGUUGAUGGAAUCAUCCAUGGAUAGGAUCAAGGAUUCUAUGGUGGCUCUUCGAAGAGGAGAUGUCAAUUCCCAUUCAAAUGCUCACGCAUGGCUAAGUAGCGUGCUCACUAACCAUGUCACAUGCUUGGAUGGGCUACAAGGGUCAGCUCGGACCCAUAUGGAGCCAGGGCUCAAUGACCUGAUAUCAAGAGCAAGAACCACCCUGGCCAUUUUUGUUUCUGUUUCUCCUAGGAAGAAAAAAUUUAAUGACCUAUUGAUUGAUGGAUUUCCUUCAUGGGUCAGCAGCAAGGAUCGAAAGCUUUUACAGGCUUCGCCUAAUGAAAUUAAGGCCAAUGUGGUGGUGGCCAAGGAUGGGAGUGGCAACUACAAGACGGUAGCGGAGGCUGUGGCAGCAGCGCCAGAUAAAAGCAAGACCAGGUACAUAAUUUAUGUGAAAAAGGGUAUUUAUAAAGAAAAUGUUGAAAUAGCAAAGAAAAAGAAGAAUUUGAUGAUUGUUGGUGAUGGGAUGAAUUCAACGAUUAUCACCGGUAGCCUAAAUGUUAUUGAUGGAUCUACAACCUUCAAAUCAGCCACUGUUGCGGCUGUUGGUGAUGGAUUUGUGGCCCAAGACAUAUGGUUCCAAAACACAGCUGGGCCACAAAAGCAUCAAGCAGUGGCUCUCCGUGUUGGAGCCGAUCAAUCUGUUAUAAACCGCUGCCAGAUCGAUGCUUACCAAGACACGCUUUACGCCCACUCCAACCGCCAAUUCUACAGAGAGUCCUAUAUUACUGGCACGGUGGACUUCAUAUUUGGUAAUGCAGCUGUGGUGUUCCAAAACUGCAAACUCGUGGCCCGGAAGCCCAUGGAUUCACAAUCAAAUAUGGUGACCGCCCAAGGCAGAAUCGACCCAAACCAAAACACUGGGACUUCGAUCCAAAGCUGUAAUAUAAUAGCAAGUGCUGAUCUUGAGCCUGUUAAAGCCUCCAUCAAGUCUUAUUUGGGCCGGCCCUGGAAGGAGUAUUCAAGAACUGCUGUGAUGCAAUCCUACAUUGGUGACCACAUUGACCCUGCAGGGUGGUCAGUUUGGAGUGGGGAUUUUGCAUUGAAGACAUUGUACUAUGGGGAGUACAUGAACAGGGGCCCUGGAGCUGGAACUAACAACCGAGUGAAAUGGCCAGGCUAUCAGGUCAUUACUAGCCCGGAAGAGGCCAAAAAAUUCACCGUGGCUGAGCUCAUACAAGGAGGAUCCUGGUUGAAAUCUACUGGAGUGGCUUUUACAGAAGGGCUGUAGAAAUAGCUAGGCCUCUUUCAACUUUAUCUGUUUUCUUUUGAAUAAAUGAAAGUUCACCAUCAUCCCUUUUACUGCAGUAUAUUUUGCCAAUGUACUAACAUGAGUUUAUGGUUCAAUGAAGCUCUAGCUCAUUAAUUAAUCGAUUGCUUUGAA